UGUUUCCGGUCCAGUCCACCGGCCCUUUUUCGGGAGGAAAUGGCAGAGGUCGGUCAGAGGCUGUGGAGCAGAGUCUACCGACUCUCCGCUUUCAAAAACAGCCAGAGUGGAGCGGUGCGCACCGGCCACAGUCCCGCAGCUCUGCGGCUGAACUGCAGCGUCAGUGACAGCCGCGUUAAAAAGGAACCAACCCGGAACCAAGGUGAUGUUUUGCCUGAGUCAGAGAUUAGAGCAACACACCGCAAGCCAGAGACAUUUUCCAGAGUGAACGAAAGUCAACACACACAGCAGAAUGGGAGUUUUCUUUGUGCCGUUUCUUUGGAGGUAAAUUCACAACGAUUUAGCAGAUUUGCUCAAACCAGAGAGAAGAUCCAGACUCAUAGAACAGGUUUGCACCAGUCUUUCCUCCACGAGAAGCCACCCCCUCUCAGGAUGUCAUCCUGGACCAGAGAAGCUGUUUCCAUCCACCCUGACACUUUCAAGUUCAACCAGCAGCUACGAGCUCUCUGCACUGUCUUCUUUAUUCUGGCAGAGCAGCAGAAGUCAGGUUGUGGACGGAGACAAAGAAUUCGGAAAGUCCACCCAGAUCCGUCUACAUCAUCUAGAAGCUACAGCUGGAGGAGUUCAAAGGAUGCUCCUCUGUACAGAAGUAGGACGGCCUAUUAUGACAUUCUCAAAGUAUCCCCUGGUGCCACACAGUCCCAGAUCAAGACUGCCUACUACAAUCAGUCCUUUAUUUACCACCCUGACAAGAACCCGGGGGAUAAGGAGUCCUAUCAGCACUUCAUUGAGAUCAGUGAGGCUUACACGGUGCUGGGCAACAUCAGUCUGAGAAGGAAGUACGACCGGGGCAUCUUGAGCCAGUCCGAUGUCCAAAAUUCAGGGAGGCCAUCCUCUAAAGAGGCCGCAAGCAGAUCGACUGGCCCCACACACCAGCAUCAUCAUCAUCAGCAGCAUCAGCAGCAGCAGCAGCAGUAUCAGGACAGUGCCAGGCGGUUCUCCCAAGCCGGAAAGAAGCCCAUGUUUGAUUUUGACGCCUUUUAUCAGGGUCACUAUGGAGAGCAGCUGCAGAGAGAGAGGGAAAUGAGAGCCAGAAAGGAGCGCAUGCAGGAGAAGCAGAGGGAGAACAUGGAGAGAUGGGCGCGAGGGAAAAUGAUGGAGGGGACUGCGCUGAUGCUGAUGGGCAUGGCAGUGUUGAUAAUAGUACAUCUCAGCAGGUCCUGAAAAAGAAGUGACUACUGGACAUGUGAUAACUCUGAAGCAGAGUGUACUGGUGCUUUCUCAGACAGUUUUGCUUGUGUUGCACAAUUUUCUGACUGUUGUACAUGAUAGUUUUUAGUUUGUUUUUAAGAGUAAACUAUGGGUAUGUAUAUAUCCACAACAGCCGAUGAUCUUAAAGGGCAGUUUCACACCUUUUUUAAAACAAUCAGGCAUUGACACAGGUUUUGCAUUCUGUCGUCAUUCUCUGUUGUGUGUUCAGAGGUGGUCUUUUGCAUACCUCGGUUGUAACGAGGGGUCAUUUGAGUUUCUGUUGCCUUUCUAUCAAUUUGGACCAGUGUGGUCAUUCUCCUAUGAGCUCUGACAUCAUCAGCACGGCGU